AUGCCACAAACUUCGAAUAAUUUAAUGGGUAGUAAUUAUACAAAUAAAACAAUAAAAUGUGUUUGUGUUGGUGAUGGUUGUGUUGGUAAAACAUCAAUGCUUAUAUCAUAUACUACGAAUACAUUUCCACAGUCUUAUGUUCCGACGGUAUUUGAUAAUUAUUCAGUUACUGUAAUGAUUAACAAUGAACCGUGCACACUUGCUUUAUUUGACACUGCUGGUCAAACUGGCUUUGAAUUGAUGCGUGCAUUUUCAUAUACGAAUACUGAUGUAUUUCUUGUUUGCUUCAGUGUUAUGGCUCCAGCAUCAUUUAAUAAUGCACUUAAAAUUUGGAUCGCUGAAAUACGUCAAUCAACAUCACCAUCUGGUACAGCACCCUUUGUUCUCGUUGGAACAAAAAUUGAUCUUCGUAAAAAUCUAGCCGACGUUGAAUUAUUAGCUAAAUCGAAACAAAAGCCAAUAACACGUGAAGAAGGUGAACGUGCAGCAAAAGAAUACGGUGCAUAUGCAUAUAUUGAAUGUUCAGCAUUAACACAGGAAAAUCUUAAAGAAACAUUUGAUGCUGCUAUAUUAGCUGCACUUACUCCAAUACCUUCUAAGCGUGUUAAAAUUUUAUGUUGUUGCUCAUAA